CACUCGUUCUCAGUAUUAGCCUGCAUGCUCAGAGGUGUAAGUUAGACAGACAUGUCUCUCUUACAGCACCAGAGCUAAGCGUCUGUGUGUGUGUGUGUGUGUGUGUGUGUGUGACGUCUUAAGGGGACAUUACCGCCACCCAAGAGCGUCCGGUUUUCUAUCAGGUUCCUUGCUAAGGACAGAAGUGAGAUAAUGGGCUUUCAACAAAUGCCGGAAUGCUACGACUUUCAGAAUCGUCCCUCAAGUGGGUUUUAUCCAAGUGUGCUUUGACCAGAGGGACUACUGGACGUGCUAGCUGGCUAAUCUCUGACUGGUACUGUUGAGUGGAAACAUGAGUGAGCUUCCUCCAUCUGGUCUAACCAUGAAGCCCCAGGAUGGGGUCCACCAAAGCAUGUGUCUACAGUUACAGAACAACGAUUUACUCAAAUCCUCAUCAACAUCAUCCUCAUCAUCAUCACCAGACUCCACGUACAGCCUUAGUAGCCUGGAUGUGGAACUGCCAGAGGGGAUGAUGGGAAGGAAAGCAGCCGCCAGUGAAGAUGACUCAGGGAUCCAGAGUCCUGAUUGCAGGCCCGAUGACAAUGACAACUCGGUUUCUUUUUAUUUAGAUGCCAAAGAAGAAGGCUGGAAUGACCAAGAUAAUGUCACAACCAUUCAAAAUCAAAAUCAUGAGAGUGACAAUGUCUUCAGCGAUGCUGCUGUUGAUAAGGAACAAGGAAGACGAGGCUUGGGUGACUCUUCAGCUACAGAAGCACAGCUGUUCACUUCUGAGAAUGGGGAUGGUGAGGAUGAAGACGAGGAUUCUUUCCUGUCUCUGAGGUCUGCUGAUGUAAUAAUGAGGAAGCAAAGUGAUCCUGAUAAAGUCCAGAUGUACAGACAAGACUGUGUGGGUCCUGUGAUUGAGCACCAUCAGGAGGCGUUUCAGGAUUCGGUGGAUCAUCCCAAUGAGGAGGGCCACAUGUGCAGCUCAACCAUGAGGCCCUGUAUGGCCCUUGUGAAUAAGGUCCAUCAGGAGCAGUUUCAGGAUUCAGUGGAUCCUCCCAAAGAUGCAGACCAGAUGUCAAGCUCUGCAAUGAUGCCCUCUGUGGGCCUUGUGAGUGAGCUCCACCAGGAGACUUUUCAGGAUUCAGUGGAUCAUCCCAAUGAGGAGGGCCACACAUGCAGCUCAAUCAUGAGGCCCAGUGUGACCCCAGUCAAAAAGGUCCAUCAGGAGGAGUUUCAGGAUUCAGUGGAUCUUCCCAAAGAUGCAGACCAGAUGUCAAGCUCAGCUAUGCGGUCCUUUGUGGGCCUUGUGAGUGAGCUCCACCAGGAGACUUUUCAUGAUUCAGUGGAUCAUCCCAAUGAGGAGGGCCACAUGUGCAGCUCAAUCUUGAGGCCCAUUGUGACCCCGGUCAAUAAGGUCCAUCAGGAGGAGUUCCAGGAUUCAGUGGAUCCUCCCAAAGAUGCAAACCAGAUGUCAAGCUCAGCUAUAUGGCCCUCUGUGGGCCUUGUGAGUGAGCUUCACCAGGAGACUUUUCAUGAUUCAGUGGAUCAUCCCAAUGAGGAGGGCCACACAUGCAGCUCAGUCAUGAGGCCCAGUGUGACCCCAGUCAAUAAGGUCCAUCAGGAGGCAUUUCAGGAUUCAGUGAAUCCGCCCAAAAAUGCAGACCAGAUGUCAAGCUCAGCUAUACGGCCCGGUGUGGGCCUUGUGAGUGAGCUCCACCAGGAGACUUUUCAGGAUUCAGUGGAUCAUCCCAAUGAGGAGGGCCAGAUGUGCAGCUCAACCACAAGGCCCAGUGUGGCCCCUGUCAAUAAGGUCCAUCAGGAGACAUUUCAAGAUUCAGUGGAUCCUCCCAAUGAAGCAGGCCAGAUGUCAAGCUCAGCUAUGAUGCCCUCUGUGGGCCUUGUGAGUGAGCUCCACCAGGAGUCUUCUCAGAAUUCAGUCGAUCAUCCUAAUGAGGAGGGACACAUGUUCAGCUCAACCACAAGGCCCAGUGUGGCCCCUGUCAAUAAGGUACCUCAAGAGGCAUUUCAGGAUUCAGUGGAUCCUCCCAAAGAUGCAGACCAGAUGUCAAGCUCAGCUAUGCGGCCCUGUGUGGGCCUUGUGAGUGAGCUCCACCAAGAUACUUUUCAGGAUUCAGUGGAUCAUCCCAAUGAAGAGGGCCACAUGUGCAGCUCAACCACAAGGCCUAGUGUGGCCCCUGCCAAUAAGGUCCAUCAGGAGGCAUUUCAGGAUUCAGUGGAUCCUCCCAAUGAAGCAGGCCAAAUGUCAAGCUCAGCUAUGAGACCCUUUGUGGGCCUUGUGAGUGAGCUCCACCAGGAGACUUUUCAGGAUUCAGUGGAUCAUCCCAAUGAGGAGGGCCACAUGUGCUGCUCAGCCACGAGGCCCAGUGUGGCCCCUGUCAAUAAGGUCCAUCAGGAAGCAUUUCAGGAUUCAGUGGAUCCUCCCAAUGAAGCAGGCCAGAUGUCAAGCUCAGCUCUGAGGCCCGGUGUGGGCCUUGAGAGUGAACACCACCAGGAGACUUCUCAGGUGUGUUACAAUAGCAUGAUGCAAAGAUCGGCCAAAAUGACUGAUUUGGACCUUAAGGGUGAGCUUCAUUACAAGGCUUAUCAGGAGACAGCAGAGCUUCAGAAGAAGCAGGAGCAGAUGCAUUGCUCAAACAGGAGUCUGGAUGUGGACUCUGUGGGUCAGGAGGCACUUCAGGAGUCACUGGAGUUUCACAAUGAGGAGAACCAGAUUCAGACCUCAACCAAAAGACUCAAUGUGGAUCUUGUGAGCGAGAUCCAACAGGAGGAUGUGCAGACAAGUAUUGAUCUUUCCACUAAGAAAUCUCUAUCUCAACCAACUGCAGAAUUAAUCAAUCAGAUAAUAUCAUCUUCAGUUCCCCAAGCUGCUCAUCCAUCUAGACCAAUCCAGAACAUCAAAGAUCCUACAUGUUUUCCUAAAAGAAACCUCUCACAAAAUUCCAGUGAUCCUCUGGAUCUGUCUCACACCACAGACCCUCCUAAAAUCACAUCAACCAAAGUGGAGUUUAAGCGGUUUUCUGGACCAAAUCUGAAGGACGUAAAACCUAAAGUCAUCUCGAGGGCCACUUCCACUCCAAGACCAGCGAAUACUGAUCACUCAGCUGCGAGCAGUGAGAAAAAUUCCCUGACCAGAAGCAGAGCUGCCAAUAGGAAAGGGCAAAGUGACGAUGGAGUCAAGAACCGUUCAUCCUCUACUCAGGCAAGAACAUCCACACCCCUGACAAUUUCAGAUUCUGACAGCAAAUCUUCAUGCCUACCGAUGGUCAAAAAGCAACCGUCAGACUUUUCGGUGUCAAAGGUGGUCACGAAUGGCAACCAUGUUCAGACUGCAAGUUCAAAGGCCAUAGAAACUCUGAGAGAUGAGAAAGACAGUCACAAGGAGGAUACCAGAGAUGGAGAUAGAGAUGAUGACCAGACUGUCUCCUCUGACCUUCGACCUACAGGAGUUGUAACGAGGGUCCCAAACCGAGGGUGUGUGUCUGUGGGGGUCCGGUCAGCUCCACUGUCCGGUGUGCCGAAGAUGAAAGUGAUUGACAGCAACACAGCCAUGUCCGGCUCCUCCCCUUCCUGGAAGCCUCCUCUAAAAUCCACCUCCUCCAAACUGCCCAUCAAAAGUGGCGGCCUUCCCACAAGCCUCAGCUCCUCCUCAGUGGGCAGCACAGGCAGUGAGAACAAAGGUGCUGAUGGUGCUGCUGCUGAUGAUGAUCUAUACUCAGGUGUUGCUCAGGUGAUGAAGAGUGAAGAGACAUGUGGUAGAUCCUCACAGGGAAAACCUGCAAGCACCAAACCUGCAGCAGGCAUCCGCUCCAGAACAAACACACCUGUUAAACCCAACACUGCAGGUCAGAAGGCUACAGCACAUGUCAUUCAGACCAAAACUACCCAGAAUGCACUGCAACGAGGAGGAUCUGCCAGACCUAGCCGGAAUUCAGCAUCAGUGUGCCCGAGCUCCAGAGGGCCCCGGGGAACCCGACUGGCGCACACACACAGUGAGGUAGAGGAAGAGAAGAAGAAUCGCUCCAUCCUCCAACUCCGCUCACUCGUCUCCCACGGCAACCGCAAACUGGAGGCUCUGGCCAUCGUCGUGCAGCACAUUUUCAACGAGAGAGAAGAAGCUCUGAAACAAAAGAAGGAGCUCUCCAUCCAGCUGAAGAACCUCCGAGAGGAACUCGCUCAGUCAGUGGUGCGUUGUGAGCGGUUGGAGUGUGAGAGGGUCAGUGUGUGUGCUCAGCUGGACUCUGCAGUGUUGACCCUGCAGCAGCAGCACCAGGCCGAUCUCACUCAGCUGGAGGAGAGACUCAGGGACUUUUACUCGGCCGAAUGGGACAAGGCCCACCAGGCGUACCAGGACGAGGCAGACCGCUGCACGGCGCUCAUGAGGCAGCAGGUGGAGGAGGUGAAGAGCAAACAGGAAGCACUGAGGACAGAACAGGAAGUGGCACACGACCGGCUGAUAAAGGAGCUGAGACAAGGAUAUGAAAGCAUGUUAGCAGAACUGCAGAAGAACCAUGAGAGAGACAGACAGGAGCUGGACAACACACACAAAAGCUCUGAGGCUGCACUUAAUGAGAGGAUUUCGAGUCUGAUGAAGGAGAGUGAGAGUCUGAGUGAGAGACUGAGAGAGACGGAGGAGAAGAGGAAAGCGCUCGCUGACAAAAACCAGAGAGACUCUCGGGUUGUUUAUCUGGAGCAGGAACUGGAGAGUCUGAAGGUCGUUUUGGAAUUAAAAACUGAUCAGCUUCAUCAACAGGACAAGAAACUCAUGCAGAUGGACAAACUGAUUGAAUCCAAUGUAAAACUGGAGGAGUUUGUAACAAAGCUUCAGCAGGAGAAUGAGGACUAUAAAGCCCGCAUGGACAAACACGCUGAACUGUCCAGACAACUAUCCUCAGAGCAGGCGAUGCUCCAGCAGACGCUGCAGAAAGAGUCCAAAGCCAAUAAAAGACUCUCAAUGGAGAACGAGGAGCUGCUGUGGAAACUUCACAAUGGCCUUUCACCUCGGAACUCUGCAUCCUUUCCCAGUUCCCCUAUUUCACCUAGAUGACCUUCGACCCUGAACAUCUAUAGACUUCUGAUCCUUCAUGCUUGUGACUUAUUUGGUUUUUAAAGCCCUCACCUCUCUGUUUCCUGAAAUGGCUGACGCUCUAGUGAGGACGUGCGUUUGGGACAGAGCUGAUGUUGCACAGACGCACUUACGGACCGAGGAACAUGCCUUGCUCUGCCGCCUCGCCUCACUUUCCUUACUAUUUUUGUUUUAUUCUUUUGUUAAAAGGAGGAAACACACCUCAGGGUUUGUAUAUAGACUCUUUCUCCUCCUUUUUUCCAUCACAGAGUUUUGCAUUUCACUUUUAUUUACUGUAGGAAGACAGUAUUCAUGAGUCGAGAGGAUGAAGCUUGAAUAUGCUUGAAAUGUAACCGACACAUAACACUGAAAACAUUUCACUAUAAUCAGUCUGAGAUUCAUUCAGAAAUAUACUAAUAGAUAUAUUUAAAACAAAGAACACGCGCAUAUUAAUUCUAUAAACCCGGAUGCUAUUUCCUUAUUACGAUCCCAGGUAAACUAUAUCGCAUGCACAGGAGACCAGUAACAAUCUGACCUUCUCCUACAGCUCUGGAAUGUAUUGGCUUUUCCCUAAGACGGUUUUUACCUUGAACUGGAAAGUGUUACGCGUGAAUGUCUCCUUCAUCUCAAACCCGAUGACCAUUUUGCAUUUUAUUUCAAUUAAUGCAUUAAACAUGAUCUGAACACUGA